UUUACACUCUCUUUCUCUCUUUAAAUAUCUUUCGUACUUUAAUUUUCUUUAGCAUCUCCUACUCGAAAAACUUUUCGCUUUGUCCAAAUGUAUAUUACUGCAAUUUAUUUUUUAAUGAUGCACCUGGCAUCUUUUUAUUCUUUCUAAAUAAGCAGUUUCAUAUUUUUUCUAGAUCCGAAAAGCUGAUGUUGUCAUCUUUCUCGGAAUAACUCACAAUCUUGCUGCUGUCGAAAUUGCUUUACAAACAAAAAAAAUUGCUGAGAAGACCAACCAAUAAACGACUGUCUUUUUGUGACGUAGCGUGGUGUAACACGUCGUUCGCCCGUUUACAUAUUGACUGAGUGGUUUGUCUAAAUUGUAGUAUACGUGCAACCUUCACGCGGCUUUAAUUACAACUUGCGGAGUGGAGUGUGGGACAGUCGACCGCCUUUUCCCUUCGUGAAAGCUUACGCGACGCCGCGAAACGAUACACAGUGUUUCAUUCUCGAGUGUGCUCGAUCGAGUACCAAUCGGUUUCCACUUCAAAUGAAAUUCGUAAUUUGUUUGAAAUAACACAUUCUUUCUGAGUACUACGCUCUGCAGGCUUACGAAUUUCUUGGCGGUUGACGAGAGUCCCGAAAUGGUCCUGAACACCGUCGAUUUGUUAAUCAUUCUUCGCAAUAAUUAAUGAAAAUGUACAGACAGCACAAGCUACAUUUAAAGUGAAAAAUAUUUGAAGAUGAGUAAUAGUUCCACGCGUCACGAUGAUAAGCAACGAUCAAAAGAAAUUUCCAAAAAAUCCACGGCAACGUGCGAAUGUCAUUUCCCUUCUCACCUUUUGGUGGACCCGAGACAUUUUUCGGACUGGCUACAAAAGAGAUUUGGAGGAAACCGAUCUUUACGCUACUCUUUCGCAAGACAGAACCAGCCGUUUGGGGGAACGUAUAGGCAAAGCUUGGGAAAGAGAGGUCGAAUUGUGCGGUAAGAAGAAAAAUGGCCGUAAACCGCAGUUGCUUAGGGUACUGUUGCGCUGUUUUGGAAAACCGCUUCUGCUAAUUGGAGUUGCGGAAGCAAUUAUGGAAUUGUUUUCUAGAAUGUACCAGCCGUUAUUACUUGCCAAUUUGUUACGCUUUUUCGCGAGCGAAAAGAAAGAAUGGAGUAACGAGGUGUAUUACAACGCAGCCGGUUUAGUCCUGUUGUCCAUCCUGGACACUUUUAUCAUGCAUUACUCACUGCAGUGCUCGUUUCACUUGGGAUUGAAAAUGAAGGUGGCCUGUACCGCGUUGAUUUACCGAAAGGUAUUGAAGCUCUCCAAUUCUGUACUGGACAAUGAGACAUCCGUUGGACAGAUGGUAAAUUUUCUGAGUAGCGAUAUUACCAGAUUGGAAAUGUCCCUCAUAGAUCUGCAUUACAUUUGGAUCGCUCCUAUUCAAAUCAUAUGGAUCACGUACGUUACAUUUGUCGAAAUUGGAUGGGCAGCGGUGAUAGCAAUAACGGCCUUUUUAUUGUUCAUACCUCUUCAAGCGUGCUUGGCGAAGAUAAUCGCACCCUUGACGCUUAAAGUAGCAGAAAGAACAGACGACAGGCUCAGGCUGAUGAAUCAAGUGAUCACCGGAUUGCAAGUGAUUAAAAUGUAUGUUUGGGAAAUUCCUUUUUACAAUCUGGUGGAAAAGUCGAGAAAGCGUGAGAUGAUCGUAAUAAAAAAAUACUCUAUUCUAAAACAAUUAGCCUUUACUUUCGACUGCUGUGUGCCGCGACUCAGUGUCUUCUUCGCGAUAUCGGCAUACGUCUUGUUCGGAAACUACAUCAAUGCUGAGAAAGUGUACUUGGUAACAGCAUAUUACAAUGCUAUACGGAACUCGUUGAUCUUUGGAUUUGCGAUGGGUCUCCAUCAAAUGGUACAGGCAUUGGUUUGCCUUCGUCGUUUGCGAAGAUUCAUGCUGCACGCUGAAAUCACCAAGACGAAGCAGAUCCCAUGUCACGUUACUGAUUCGCUUGCACUUCGUAUGACCAAUGUAAACGCCAAGUGGCACGGCGACAGUAAGGACGACACGUUGCGUAACGUAAGCCUGACCGUGCCACCCGGAAGCUUCGUCGCCAUCGUGGGCCAGGUCGGUUCGGGUAAGAGCAGUCUCUUGCAAGCGAUACUCCAGGAACUGCCGUUGACGAGCGGAAACAUCGAGAGUCGCGGCAGAAUAAACUACGUCAGCCAGCAACCGUGGAUCUUCGCGUCUUCCGUGAGGCAGAACGUUCUGUUCGGUCAGGCGAUGGACAAGAAGCGUUACGACGAGGUGAUCAGAGUCUGCCAGAUGGAAUCGGACAUAGACUCGUUUCCUCACGGCGACCGCACCAUCGUGGGCGAGAGGGGCAUCAAUCUGAGCGGCGGCCAGCGUGCCAGGAUCAACCUGGCGCGAGCGAUCUACAAAGACGCCGAUAUUUAUCUGCUGGACGAUCCUCUCUCCGCCGUAGACACGCACGUCAGCAGGCGGCUCGUGGACAAGUGCAUCUGCGGCUACCUAAAGGGGAAAACGAGGAUUCUGGUGACGCAUCAGCUGCAGUACCUGCAACUCGCCGACCAGAUUAUUGUGAUGAAUGACGGCGGCGUCGAGCAGAAGGGUACGUUCGAUCAGUUACAAGAGUUGGGCCUCGACUUUAUGAAGCUGGUGAAGGCGGCGGACACGAAGUGCAAAGAGGCCGAGAGCAAGCAGUCCGAGAUUCAGCGUCACAUCUCGUUGAAGGACGAGGCGAGAGACAACGGGGACGUCUCGCCGAUCGAGACGCAGGAAACGAUGACCAAGGGUCGCGUAUCUCACGGAAUGUUGCUCGCUUACUUCAAGGCGAGCAAGAGGCCCGUCAUAAUCACGCUGAUGAUGAUAAUCUUCUUAGUGACCCAGGCGAUAUCCGGCGGCAGCGACUACUUCGUCGCGUUCUGGGUGAACGUCGAGUCGAGUUCGUGGCACGAGACCGGCAACAGCACCCUGGAGUUCCAAUGGGAGGGCCCGCUAUCUCGCGAUUCCAUGCUUUACAUGUACAGCGCUAUGAUGGUGGCCAUCAUAUUGCUGUGGCAAUUCCAGACGAUCGUGUACUUCAACGUGUGCAUGUGGUCCUCGAUAAAUCUACACUCCGCCAUGUUUCGUAGCAUAUUGCGCGCAACCAUGUACUUCUACAGUACUAAUCCAGCUGGCCGUAUAUUAAACCGGUUUGCCAGAGAUAUCAAUAUCAUCGACUUGAUGAUGUCGAUGUCCCUAUUCGACAUCAUAACGAUCGGACUCAUCUCGAUCACGGUAGCAGUGAUGAUCAUAGCGGUCACCCCGUGGUUGGCGAUACCCACUCUGCUCUGCGCCUGCAUUUGCACCUAUUUGCGUAUGAUAUACGUCAGCACCGGUCGCAGUAUCAAACGCCUCGAAGGGACAACAUGUUCGCCGAUCUUCGACCACCUCGGGGCGUCUCUGCAGGGUCUGACGACAAUCAGGGCUUUUAACGCCGAGGAGAUAUUGAUGGCGGACCUGUGCGCUCAUCAGGAUAUCUAUGCGUCCGCCUGCUUCCUCUUCCGGUCUACCUCUCGAGCCUUCGGUUUCUACAUCGACAUCAUCUGCCAGCUUUACAUCGGAACGAUACUUAUUGUCUUCACGGUCUUCGACAGUCUGGCAGUCGCUGGUAACAUCGGACUGAUAAUCACGCAAUCCAUGGCGCUGAUAAACUUGCUUCAGUGGGGUAUCAGACAGACGGCCGAGCUGGAGAGCCACUUGACCUCUAUAGAGCGAAUACUCGAGUACAGCCGUUUGGAAGAGGAACCGAUGAUCGACAGCAAGCCAGAGACCAAGCCGCCGGACGAUUGGCCGACGAAGGGUCUCGUGGAAUUUAAGGAUGUAAGCUUAAAGUACAAUCGCCGAGGCGGUUACAUCCUCCGGAACAUCAGCUUCACCAUCGUGCCGGAGGAGAAGAUCGGCAUCGUCGGUAGAACCGGCGCGGGCAAGUCGUCGCUGAUCAACGCUCUCUUCCGCCUGGCCUGCAUGGAGGGUGAGAUCUUUAUAGACGGCGUAUCCACCGGCGCGAUAGCUCUGCACGACUUCCGCUCGAAGAUCAGUAUUAUCCCUCAGGAGCCGUUCCUGUUCACCGGAAGUCUGCGACGGAAUCUCGAUCCCUUCGAUCAGUAUUCCGACGCCGUGCUGUGGCAGGCGCUCCAGGAUGUCGAGUUGAAGGAGGCCAUCUCCGACAUGGCCGCCGGAUUGAACACAAAAGUGUCCGAUGAGGGAUCCAACUUCAGCGUCGGCCAGAAACAACUGCUGUGCCUCGCGCGCGCUAUUAUCAAGAACAAUCGGAUCAUGGUACUGGACGAGGCGACCGCCAACAUCGACCCCUAUACGGAUUCCCUUAUACAAAAGACAGUUAGGACGAAAUUUAUAAACUGUACUGUGUUCACAAUAGCCCAUAGAUUGGAUACUAUUAUGGACAGCGAUAGGAUAUUCGUGAUGGACGCUGGGCACCUUGUGGAAUCCGACCGUCCGUAUCUCCUCCUGCAAAGGAAAGGACGUUUUUAUAAUAUGGUACAGCAAACUGGUACUUCGAUGGCCGAGCAUCUUACUGACAUAGCCGCAAAAAGUUUCUAUAAAAAGGAUAGAUCGCCGUCCAGAUAAUCACAAUUUCUAAUACAAUUAUGUACCAAAAGAUAAUUUGAUAUCUUAUAAAUAUUCAAGUACUCCUAUUGGUCCUAGAAUAAAUCACAAUAAAAUUUCACACAUACAAAGAAAUAAAACAAAAUUGAAUCGAAAACAUUUUAAAUUGAUUCUCUU